AUGGAUAUUGCUACUACUGCCAAAGUACGUUUCACCACUUCCAAAGGGAAUAUCGACGUGGAGCUCUAUGCCCACGAACUUCCUGUUUCAUGCAGGGCAUUUCUCCAGAAUUGUAUGGAUAAGAAGUAUAUUGGACUAAACUUUGACAAAAUCGAAAAUCUGCAUGUGGAGGUGACUCCCAAGGAGUUGACCACCAAAAUACGACGGGAAUUCCACUCGCGGGUCAAGUUUUCGUCCCGUGGAAACGUUGCACUUCUCAACGUGGAGGAUUCAUCUAUGGCUUGUCCUGAUGGGUUCUUUAUCACCAUGAAACCGAUGGCUGAAUUCAACGGUAGAUUUGUUGUGAUUGGCAAAGUGGUAAGUGAUCUGAUAUAUAAUGUUUUGAAGAUUCUGGAGGGAGAGAAGAAAGAGGAUGGAGUGACUCCAAAGUACGCGGUGAGUAUUAAUGGAGUUGAGGUGUUGCAGCCAUACUUUGAUGAUUUGAAGAUGACGAAAGAAAAUAUCUCAGUGCAAGAGCCAAAACGUAAAAAGGCAAAGACUACCGUGAAACUAUCGUAUGAAGAUGACGAAGAUGAGGAUGAGGAUAACGGGUUUGUCAUGAGGUCUGCGCACGAGUUGCUAAAAACUGGUACGGGGAAGGGAACAGAGGAGGAGAAGAAGAAAAAGAAUAUCAGGGGAGAUGUUAAGACAUUUAAGGAUGCUAAGGCUGAUGGGACACAUGGGGAUGAUAAAGUUGAGGAGACAAUUAAGGAUGAUAAGGUUGUAGAUUCUACGAAGAAAGAGAACGACAAGAAUGAACUGAAUGUGAGAGAUCAAAAUAGGGCCGUCGAUGAUACCCAAGAUGUCAACACACAUGAUCAACAUCAGAGCAAUUCUAAGGAUGAAAUCGACGGCGAUGUCGAACCUGUUGACUCAGGCGCAGAAUCCGAUGAGAGCUCUGUUGGUUCAGAUUCUGGAUCCACUGAAAGCUCUGAUGAAGACACGGAACCCAAACGAGACCCCAGCGUGGAUCCCCAUGAUCCGGUUCUAGAUGUUUGGAAAGAUACUGUCCAUUACUCCCAGCUCCAAAACCAUCGCUACGAGUGUCGCUAA